UUUUUUUGAGGUAUCCUCUCCGCUUCGUGUCUUCGUCGCUUGCGAACUUUUUGGCAAAGUAGCUUUGCGAAGGCUAAAGUCAAUUUAAAGUCGAGCUUCCACAGAUUUCUCUCCUGUCUUUGUUAUCAAACCGAAGCCCUAAUUCUUUAAUUCUCUCCUGUUUUACAUACUUUUCAGUUCCCUUAUCAUUCUUUAAUGGGGUUGUGGGAAGCUUUCCUCAAUUGGCUGCGAAGCCUUUUCUUCAAGCAAGAAAUGGAGUUGUCUUUGAUAGGACUUCAGAAUGCUGGGAAAACUUCACUUGUGAAUGUCAUUGCUACUGGAGGAUAUAGUGAGGAUAUGAUCCCUACGGUAGGGUUUAAUAUGAGGAAGGUGACGAAAGGGAAUGUCACUAUAAAGCUUUGGGAUCUUGGAGGGCAGCCAAGAUUUCGCAGUAUGUGGGAGAGAUAUUGCCGUGCAGUUUCCGCUAUUGUUUAUGUUGUUGAUGCUGCUGAUCGCGAUAACUUGUCCAUCUCAAAGAGUGAACUUCAUGACCUGCUGAGCAAGCCCUCACUGAGUGGCAUCCCUUUGCUGGUAUUGGGGAACAAGGUUGACAAGCCAGAAGCUCUUUCUAAACAGGCUUUGACAGAUCAAAUGGGACUCAAGUCAAUAACUGAUAGAGAAGUGUGUUGCUUCAUGAUCUCGUGCAAGAACUCAACCAACAUUGACUCGGUAAUUGAUUGGCUUGUAAAGCAUUCCAAGUCAAAGAACUAAGUUGAGGAUGUGUUUGCAGUAUGGAGUAGCUGUUAAGAUUUAAAAAUCUGGAUAUGCAUUUGUUGGUGGUGGGAUUUGUUCUUGUCUAACCAGGUUCUGAUGGUCUGGCCAAUUUCUUGGCCUAUAGUUACUAUAAUAUUAGAUUGUUUAGAUUGCUUCCCCUUGUGAUUGGGGGGGAGGAGUCGGUGUUUCUGUUGCACUUAACCCGUCUAAUCUUUAUUGGACCAUGGUGGUGAUUGGAUUAUUCAUGUAAUCAAACUGAUUGGUGUGAAUAUCAUUUCCUUUGAUGACUCUUUAAGAAUUUUUGAAUGGAUGUGCUAACAACUGUUGCAGUCAA